CGGCUUUGUCAUACAAAUGGUAAAUACAUCACUAGGCUCUGAAUUCCGGCAGUCUGACUCCAGAGCCCAUCUCAUGGAAGCUGGCGAUGCCCGUGUCAGCCCCAUCUGGGCCUGCAGAAGAUGUCCUCCCUAACCAACAAGAGCAGACUAGCCCCUGUGGGGGGUGUGGCCCUCUUAAAGACCAUCUGGCACAUUUUACUUGCUCUGGUUUCUCGUUAAACCGCCUUUGGAUUUAUCUUCCCAAGCGACUCACGUACAGGAAAGAAGGCCAAGAUCUGCCAACACGACAGCUGUAUUUUUCAUUAGUAAAUUAAUAAACUGGCUGCCCAUGUUCACAUGCAUAUCCAUUUCUGAAGGCUUGGCUAAGGCGAGCCCACCCCACACCUGAAGUCCACCAUAUGUCAACUUAAUUGCGAUUCCAAGCAUGCAAAGCCUGGCAUGGCCUGUGUGCCAAGGAAAUCCCUCUUGGCCUCCCCUUGCAGACUUGGCCAGCCUUCCCCAGUGUCAGUCUGGCUCUUUGGGUUCAAGCUGCUUGGGCAGCCUGCGAGGGUCGUCUGAAGAAAGAAGGAAGUAACAGUGCCAGGUUCCAGUGUGCGUUCCAGGUUCCACAUUCCGCCUGCAGACUCCCGGCGCCAGAGCAAAGGCUGGCCUUUGGCAGGGUACUGCUAAGGAAGUGGAACUCCAGAGACACUCCUGAAACUGCCCUAAAGCAAAGGAAGCAGAAGAUCUGCCAGUUCUCCCUCCACCUCCCUUUCUGGGAGCAGCCAUGGCCCUGAGUGAUGUCGAUGUGCAGAAGCAGAUUAAGCACAUGAUGGCUUUCAUUGAACAGGAAGCCAAUGAGAAGGCAGAAGAAAUAGAUGCCAAGGCUGAGGAAGAAUUCAACAUCGAGAAAGGACGCCUUGUGCAAACCCAACGACUAAAGAUUAUGGAGUAUUUUGAGAAAAAGGAGAAGCAGAUAGAGCAGCAGAAGAAAAUCCAGAUGUCCACUGUGAGGAAUCAGGCAAGGCUGGAAGUCCUGAAAGCCCGAAAUGACCUCAUCUCGGAGUUACUGAAUGAUGCAAAGCUGAGACUCAGCAUGAUUGUGGCAGACUCAGAAGUCUACCAGGGGCUGUUGUUUAAACUAGUGCUCCAGGGUCUGUUCCGACUGCUGGAGCCUGUGGUGAUUGUCCGCUGUAGGCCACAGGACCACCUCCUGGUGGAGGCUGCAGUGCAAAAAGCCAUCCCUGAAUACAUGGCAGUCUCCCAAAAAUAUGUGCAAGUCCAAGUUGACCGAGAGGUGCACCUGCCUAUGAACGCAGCUGGAGGUGUGGAGGUUUACAGUGGCAAUCAGAGAAUCAAGGUUUCUAAUACCCUAGAAAGUCGACUGGAUCUCUUAGCAGAGCAAAAGAUGCCAGAAAUACGAAAGGCCUUAUUUGGAGCCAAUCCCAACAGGAAGUUUUUUGCAUAAGCCUCUGGGAAAUGUUGAACUGUUAAGCCAUGUUGAACUGUUAGGUCAUAACAUCAUAAGUUAUUAAGGCAAAGGAAACUAGUUAUGUUUCCUCUUCUUUGUUGCUCUGAUAUUAUUCCAUCUUCUUUCAUGAUAUACC